CCUUCAUCCAGGUCGGUGUCGACUGCCAGGUCCAGGCGUCGCCCUCUUCCACGGUCCUUGGCCCGCCUGCACCUUCCCCCACCUGGCACACCGCGCCGAGACCGGAGAUCCGAUGCCAUGGCGGAGGCCCGGCGCCGUCGGGCGGUGCUGGGUGCGCAGGGCCUGGCCGCGCUGUGGAUCACCUCGUCAGAGAUCCUAGGUUCCGAGCACCUUCGGUCGCAGAGCAGCGCCGUGAGCGGCUUCACGCAGCGUCCGGAGGUGGCCGUGGAGGUGCUCUUGCUGGCUGCGGGGUUUGAGCUCCGUGAAGGCGUCGGCCGUGCGCUGGGUGCCCUGCCGGCGGCGGCGCUGGCGAUGGCGGUGCUGCUGCCGUGGGGGCGGCUGGUGGAGAGAGCCGGGUGGAGGACGCUGCUGUCCUGCCAGCUGCUGCUGCGACCCCUGUGGGAGCCGGAGGCCUGUCCUCUUCCCAGCGCACCCCUCGCCUCGACGCUCGCCUUGGCCACGCUGCUGGCCCUGGCGGCCCCGCGGAGCCCCGUGCGGAGCGCCACGUCAGGGCUGCUGUCCGCCUUGGAGCGUUCCAGACGGCUGGGGUGUUUUGCCUUCUUCGUCUGGCUGACUCUGGUGCUUCCAAUUGCCUACAGUGCCUACACCGCCGAGAGUGCUGACACGGCGCGGGUGGCCACUUGGGCUUGGCCUGUGGCACAACUCGGGGAUCUGUUGCUAGGUGCAUGUGCUGCAGGCCAGCCGUUUGCUGGCUGGCAGGGAGGUGUGGCGGAUGUGUGGUGCACCUUGCUGGCAGUGGUGCUGUGGCUCCCCAAUUUGGAGUCCCUUGAGGGCUUCCACGUGGCGCGCGGCGCUGCCUUGGGCCUCACCUGGGCGCUCAUGGCAGGUCUGGGCCAAAGUGCCUGGCAAGCCAUUUUCCUUUGUCGACCUUCGUUGGAGCUGUGUCGAAGCUUGUUCGGGGACACCUUCCACAAGAGCGCUCCAGGUUUUCUGGCCUUCAACUUCUGCUUGUGGGUCCUUUCCUCCAACCUGGCCACCUUCACUAGAUCGGCCGCGCAGCGGCUCUCGGGCGGCGAGAUCGCGGCCGCGGAGCCGACCAGGGGUAAGUGAGCAAAAGACCCAGCUGCGGUGCAGAGGAUGCGUGGAGGGACCUUCGAAGGACCGUUGGAUUGAGAGAGACCGACACAUGUGACAUGGAGGAAUUCGGUACAGGAAGUACCGAGCCUUGGACGAAGAUGACGUUCAUUUAGAGGGCCC